AUGGCUAUGACAACUGCUAUUUCGGCUUGGCAGGCACCAGCGUCUACUCUGAAUACUCAUACUGAUGGAACUGGUCAUGAAACAACACGCCGUCGAGGAGUUGAUUUUCCUAGUGAUCAAUCAUCCGUGCCAGGACGAUCAUCGGGUCGGCAUAUGUCUGUUAUUCCUCAUGGAGUAAUUCAUGAUCCAUUGAGCAGCGCCACAGGAUCUCUGUCAUACGAUGGUGAUUAUAAUCGAUCAUCUGUUGUCAGUUGUCUCGUGCCAGCUAGCAUAAGUAUUGCUACCAGGGCAUUUUCACGACAACUUGAUGAGGAAUUAACACAAGAAGAACAACUACAAGCAUCGAAACAUCCUGAUUACGAGUCAACUGAACGUGUUGUUAUUAAUGUCUCUGGAUUGAAAUUCGAAACGCAACUACAAACAUUGAAUAAUUUUCCUCGGACACUUCUCGGUAAUCCAUCGCGACGUGUACGGUUCUUUGAUCCACUACGAAAUGAAUACUUUUUCGAUCGGAACCGGCCUAGUUUCGAUGCGAUUCUUUACUAUUACCAAUCGAAUGGUCGACUGAGACGACCUAAUCAUGUUCCAAUUGAUGUCUUUACCGAAGAAAUCAAAUUCUUUGAACUAGGUGAAGAUGCUUUCAAUAAAUUUCGUGAAGAUGAAGGUUUUAUCAAAGAAGAAGAACGAAUUUUGCCUAAAAAGGACAUGCAACGAAAAAUUUGGCUUCUAUUCGAGUAUCCCGAAACAUCACAAUGGGCACGUGUUAUUGCUAUCAUAUCUGUUACUGUUAUUCUCAUGUCAAUUGUCAUAUUUUGUCUAGAAACACUGCCGAAGUUCAAACGUUAUCGUGUUCGACCUGCCGAUAAUGCAACGUACGAUUCGUCCCGUCUGACAAUCGAAGAGGACGAUAUUCCCGAAUUAACUGAACCAUUUUUUAUUAUUGAAACUUGCUGUAUCAUUUGGUUCUCAUUCGAAUUAAUCGUUCGUCUUUUGUCAUCUCCGCUGAAACUUGUCUUUCUAAAGUCGAUGAUGAAUAUUAUCGACAUUGUUGCGAUCGUCCCGUACUUCAUCACAUUGUUCACGAUUUUGGCUGAAGAGAAAACGAAAUCGAAUCAAGCGAUGUCAUUAGCUAUUCUGCGGGUUAUUCGUCUCGUUCGAGUUUUUCGUAUAUUCAAACUAUCAAGACAUUCGAAAGGUCUACAGAUUCUGGGCCAAACACUUCGUGCGAGUAUGCAAGAGUUAGCGCUAUUGAUAUUUUUCUUAUUCAUCGGUGUGAUCUUAUUCUCUUCGGCGGUCUACUUUGCCGAACAAGGUGAACCAGAGUCAUUUUUCAAAUCGAUACCAGACGCAUUCUGGUGGGCAAUGAUAACUAUGACUACAGUCGGCUAUGGAGAUAUGCGUCCAGUAGGUAUAUUCGGUAAAAUUGUUGGAUCAAUGUGUGCUAUCGCUGGUGUGUUAACAAUUGCUCUGCCAGUUCCCGUUAUUGUCUCUAAUUUCAAUUAUUUCUAUCAUCGCGAUAUCGAUUCCGAAGAACAGAAAGACAUUAAAUACACAACUAAUGUUAGUGGUUCAAGUCCAACAGGUGUUGAUAUGAUUAAUGAUCCAUUUACCCACACCAUGUCAACAAGUGUUGGUGGUCAAAAGAAAAAAUCGAUCUCGUCAUCAGAUACUUGCCAUCAUUUAGAUGAAUCUGAUGCAUUUCUUCAUUCAUAUUCAGCCGCCGACGAACAGACAUUUCGUUCAUGUACAGCAAAUCACAAAAAUAGUAGAACAUCGCCAACACAACAAUUAAUUCAACGGAAAAUUUCCUCACCCAAUGCCAAUUUGAAUAGUUUCAAUAAUUACACCUCAUCAUCAUCGAAUGAACCAUUAAAUGUCGAAACAGAUGUGUAA